AUGUUAAAUGAUGAAUUUGAUGAUGUGGACAUGAAUAAUCACGAUGCUGAAAUUGGAAAAGAUGACGUUCCGGACUUUGAGAGCCACAAUCCUCAUACACCUAUUGUUGGCAGCAACAUUCCAUGUUCUUCUCAAUCAUCACGUGUGAAUAAUGUUCGAGAUGAUGAAACCAAUUUUUAUAAGGGAAUGACAUUCAAGAACAAGGAAGAACUGGCAAAUUCAUUGAAAAUUGCUUGCUUGAAAAAAGAUUUUAGACUGAAAAAGGUGAUCAAUUCUCGUAAUGUGUUUUCUUUUAAAUGUUCAUAUCCGGAGUGCAAUUGGUGGCUGAGGGCUGUGAAAUUUACAAGUAGCGACAGGUUUCCCAAUGGUAAAGGCUCAUCCACAAGAGACAUGUCAAAUCAACUACGCACAGAAUUGGGUUGUAAGAUAAGCUAUUGGAAGAUUUAUAAGGACAUGGAGCAUGAUAAGUCUAAUGUUAGGGGAACACAUGAGCACGGAUAUACAGUGCUUAAUGCGUACUGUUAUAUGUUUGAAGUUGCAAAUCCAGGAAGCAAGACGGGAUUGUCGCACGAUGAAAAUGGGAGGUUCAAGUACUUUUUUGUAUCAUAUGUCGCUUGGAUAACUGGUUUUCAAGAAAUGAGAAAAGUAAUAGCCGUUGAUGGGACAUUCCUGAGGAGCAAGUAUGAAGGAGUUUUGCUAUCAGCGGUGGCACAAGAUGCUGAGAAUCAUAUAUUUCUAGUGGCUUUCUAUGUUGUGGACAAGGAAUGUGAUGCCUCAUAUGAAUAUUUUUUUCAAAAUAUGAGAAGCCUUGUAGAUGAUACUGAUGAGUUGUGCAUUAUUUCUUAUAGGCAUCCAAGUAUUCGAAAGAUGAUUUCGAUUAUCUACCAUGCAUCUCAUUAUGGUUGUUGCAUGAGACACCUUGGGGAAAAUAUUCGAAAUAACUUUCACAAUUCAAAGGUAGAGACCCAUUUUUAUAAAGCAGCAAAGGCGUACGAUAGAUGUGAGUUCAAUGAACAUUUCAAUCAAAUAAGAGAUCUAGUACCAAAAGCGGCUAAAACUCUUGAACGUAUUGGAUUUCACAUAUGGAGCAGGGCAUUUUGCUCGGGAAAUAGAUAUAACAUUAUGACGUCAAACAUCGCGGAGUCAGUGAAUUCUAUGUUUGAUGUUGAAAUAGAAUUUCCCAUUGUCGCUCUAUUUGAUGAAAUAAACAGGAGAUUUGCACUUUUAUUUCACCAGAGGCAUAUGGAGCUAGUGAACUCUGCAAAUAGAUUUGUUCCUUCAAUUGAAAAAGACAUAUCAAAGUAUGUCAAUGCGGGCAAUAAGUUGUUGUCUCAUCAAAUCGCUAACUACAAGUUCAGUGUCACUGGUCAUGGUGAUGUUGCUGCGGUGGAUCUACAAAGAAGAACUUGUACUUGUAGAAUUUUUGACUUGGACAAAAUACCUUGUCCACAUGCCAUGGCAGCGCUUCGAGCCCAAUAUGGUGUCGAUUUUGGAAAUCAGAUUUAUGAGUACUCCUCUCCAUAUUAUUCAGUGGAAAAAUACAUAAUGACAUAUUGUGAGGAAAUUCACCCGGUGUCACCUGAAGAUUCUUGA